AUGGAAAAAUUCGAGAAUCUCACUUCCGGAUUCGCCUCCCUGGAUUUGCGGGACCCCGACACAGAUGUUAUACAGGAAGUAGGCCUAUCUUCCCCCCUGGGACAAGAUAUUAAGCUGUUACGGGCGGAAAUCUCUAAAUUCAGGACAGAAAUGGCUGUCAGCUGCGAUAUUAUUGAAACUGUCGAUCAGCUGAGAAAGCGUCUCAAUGAUUCAGAACAACAACAACUUUUAAACGAUGUAUGUAUAUCAGGAGUCCCCGAGGCAAACGGCGAAAAUCUGACACAUAUUGUUAUAUCACUCGCUCAAAAACUUAGUUUUGAUCUUGAUGAACGUGAUAUUGUGAACGCGCAUCGAUUGGGUAGGCAGCAAAACAGGCGCGAGUCUGGCACGGACACAGCCGUGAGCCCCGCGCGCCCCCGCACCAUCAUGGUUCGACUUACGCGCCGCCGUGUACGCGACGAGCUACUGCGCGCGGCGCGCGUGCGUCGUGGCGCGGACACCGCUGGCACGGGCAUCGGAGGAUUGUGGGAAGCUGGAGUAAAAAGCUGCAAGCACCAUCUAAAACGUGUAGUAGGUAACGCACAUUUAACGUUGGAGGAGUUUAGCACAAUAUUGAUCCAGGUUGAAGCUGUCCUGAACUCUCGUCCUUUGACCUAUCUUUCCACAGAUCCCAAUGAUUUCCUUCCACUUAGCCCUGCACAUUUCCUGGUUGGUCGUCCGCUGACUGCACCUGUAACGGCUCAGCACCUAUACGACGUGCCUGAGCUUCGUCUCCCGAGGUUCCAGAGGGUGGAACAAAUACACCAGCACUUUUGGAAUCGUUGGUCCAAAGAGUAUGUCUCUGAGAUGCAAACGCGAACCAAAUGGCACCAGCACAAGGGGGAUCUCAAGGAGAACACGCUCGUUCUCAUUAAGGAUGACCGAUUGCCACCGUUGAAGUGGAGCUUGGGGCGCAUCCACGCGACAUAUCCGGGGAAGGAUGGAGUAGCACGAGUGGCUGACAUUCGUACUGCAGACGGCAUCGUGCGUCGGGCGUUCACUAAAAUUUGUCCGCUUCCUUCACCAGACAGCUAAUUCGUCGCUUCGUAGUCGACAGUUCGUUGGAACCAGCACGUUCCAAGGCCGGGAGCAUGUUGCCGCAACAAAAUCGAGUGGAACGGAACGUUAUACUGCGUUGGUACUACGUCAUCGCGGCAUCACGUCACCGCACCGUACGAUUGGCCGCUGUUGACCCUACCACUACCACGGCCACUUGCCACGCAACCGCCGAGCAGAAAACUUCCUCGCUAUAAAAUUCAUUAUUCUAACGCAGCCUGUAAUUUUGAGUAUUAAAUUUUUAUACGCGCAAAA